AUGUUUCUUUCUGAUAUAAAAAGAGAUGUACUCGAUAGUGCAUCAGAUGCUGGUAAAUCAGUAACUUCUUUUGCCAAUUCUUUUAAAAGUUAUGAUACAUGUAUGAACAAUACUGGAUGUAAAGUGGUUUUCAUCAUUGGUUGUGUCCUUGGUGGACUUUUAGUUAUAUGGAUUUUAACAACUAUAUUUCAAUGUUUAUUUAUGGGUGCUAAAUGUAUUGAAGCUUGUUGUUGUUGCUGUUGUCGUGGUGGUAAUCAACAAACUGUCGUCUAUGAAAAACCUCCACAAACUUAUGUCAAUCCAAAUAUGUAUCCUCCUCGUUAUGAUCAACAAUAUGCUUAUCAACCUCAAGCUCCUCCAAUGACUGCUUAUCCUGGAUAUAAUAGAAAUGCUUCUUCUGCAUCUGAAUACAGUUAUACUAGAGGUGAUGGAUAUCAACCUGUCGGAGGGUAUUCUCACAAAUCAGACCCAUUUAGUGAUCGAUACAAGAGCUAA